AUGCCUCUGGCUCCGCUUAUGGUUCUGGGUAUGGCCCUGCUUCUGUCCCUGCUUCUGGCUGGACCUCUGGUCCUGCCUCUGUCCCUUCUCAAUAUGCCAACGAUUAUGGCCUUCACCCGCGCCAGAAUACCCAGUGCUCCCGGGGUUUCCAAAGUUACGGCCGGUUCCAGGGCGCAGCGAUACUUCCUACCCCGAGCCAGUGACCCACUGGACUGGUCAUAUCGGGAUGCACGAGGAUUCUGGAAUCCCGGUCCCCCUGGUCUUGGACCGCAGAAUUCAAAGCCUAAAACUGCCAAUUUGACACGAUUCAGGACCUAUUCCGCGUCUGCGUCUUUAACGCCGGCUCCGGUGCUCGAAACUGUGCCUGAAGUUGAAUCUGAAGUCGAAUCUAAGGAUGAGUAUCAACCUACGCCAGACUCCGCUGCUAUGUCCGGAUCUGCAUCUGAGUCAUAUUAUGAGCCAAAAUCUGAGCCGUUCCCUUCAACAUUCGAAUCCGGAGUACCUCCCGAUCCCGGUUCAGGCACGAGCUCGAACUCACUCGAACCCGCAACAGCAACGACAGACACAAGAUCAAGCACAAGGACGAGGACAAGGACGUGUCUCGCCUUGGCGACUACCUGA